GGGUUUCCGAUUAAAGAGGCUUUGAGUCCUGCACUUAACCAUAAGCAUCUGGAACUGUUCAUGUUAAAGACAGCUAACUUACUCAGCGUUAUUCGGGCAAUGUUAUUGAACUUGGACGGUUGUAGCCUAUAUUUCUUUGGCCCUGGUCAAAUUCAGGUUAGUUUCAUUUGGUUUCCCGACAAAUUGCUAUUAAUGGGAAACAGUCUGAUACGUCUAGGGACAUACUAUUUAAUGUAAUUUAAGGACCAUUUGAAUUGGUGGAAGCGGAUGGUAGAGUAGUUAAAUGUGGAUGUGAAAGAAAGGGAAUCUGACAUUUGCCGUUGAAGACUUUUAAAAAUAGACAAAGUCAAACAACUUGAUGAAACCAAGCCUGAACUAUGGUUUAAAAUGCCCAUAUUGAAGCUGUCUUAUUUUAGAAAUAUUAUGAGAAGACUCACUGCAUUGGAGAAGGGUAUAUAUAUACUUCUGGGUAAAAUGAAAGUUAAAGAAGAAGAGGAGGACACACCUCCCCUCCGCACAGAAAUGGCCCCACCCCUCAAGGCUCAGUGAUGUUAUCCAUACAGCAUUCCAAUGUAUCGGGGCCUGUGUCCCUCGGCCCCUUUUCCAACGGCAGCCAGGGGGUGGGGGCCGCGGCACCGGCGGUGCAGCAGGACAACGUGACGGUGGAGAAGGCGGGGCCUCCUCCUGGCAGCCCCGUGGUGGCCGGGCUCUCCAUGACGCUGGGGGUCCUCUCCAACAUCAUCGCUCUGAUCAUCCUGGCCAAGGCCUACGCCCAGCUGAGGCGCCGCUCCAAGGCCACCUUCCUGUUGUUUGCCAGCUGCCUGGUGCUCACCGACUUCGCCGGACACAUCAUCCCCGGUGCCCUGGUGCUACGCCUCUACCUGUCGGGGGGUGACUCCACUCCGCCCAAAUCCACAGACGCACUGUGCCAGUUCCUGGGUGGCAGCAUGGUGUUCUUUGGCCUGUGCCCGCUCUUCCUGGGCUGCGCCAUGGCGGCCGAACGGUGCCUGGGCGUGACCCGGCCCCUGCUGCACGCCUCCCUGGUCACCACCGCACGGACUAAGUUCUCCCUGACCGCCAUAUGGCUGUCGGCGCUCUGCGUGGCCCUGCUGCCCUGCUUCCAGCUGGGCGCCUACACCUACCAAUUCCCGGGCACCUGGUGCUUCAUCAGGGUCCUGGAGGACACCAAGGGCACCGAUGUGGCCUUCGCCCUGCUCUUCUCCUGCUUGGGCCUGGCAUCCCUGGCCAUGGCGCUGAUCUGCAACACCGUCAGCGGCCUCACGCUGGUGAUGGCGCGCCUGCGCAGGAAGCCCUGCAACCGGCGCUCCGCCAAGUCCCACGACAUCGAAAUGGUGGUGCAGCUGGUGGGCAUCAUGGUCACAUCCUGCAUCUGCUGGAGCCCCCUGCUGAUCUUUGGCCUGAUGUCAGUGACCCAGUCUCUUGGGGAAAACCUGAACACCUACAAAACCCUGAUGGUAACGGGGGUGCGGCUGGCGUCCUGGAACCAGAUACUGGACCCCUGGGUCUACAUCCUCCUUCGUCGGGCUGUGCUGAGGAAGAUAUACCUCAUCGUCAAGCGCCAGGCGGACUUUAAGAGCAGCACCCUUCGGCGCUGGGAGAUCAACUCCUUGCAGAGCUCCGAGAAGAACGCCGUAAGCAGGAUCUGAGGGAAUAAGUGGCCUUGGACCAGUUCAUCAGGGACAGAUUUGAGCAGGAGUGGGUGUGGUUAACUCAUCCAGUUGUUUACGUUCCUCCUGCAUUCUGACAGUCCUUCACCUGAAUCCACUAAGGUUCCUGUUCUCUAUAGAAACACAUUGAUCAGGAACUGGCCAAAAUGGUGGAUUGUCUCAACAUCUGGAUUCGCAUGUCAUCCGCUGCUUCAUCACCUGCUGCCUGAGUGAAAACGGGGAGCAGACCUUGUGAAGUAAUUCUCAUGACAUCCCAAAGAUGAUGUGAGCAGGCGUACUGGGUCUGAGACAGCAGGAGGUGGGAUGGAUGAGUGUGUUUUACUAGAUGAGACCUAGUGAUGAGCCAAAAAAAAUAAUAUAUAUAUAAAGGAUCCACAAAAUGAAAGCCUCAGAUACUAUGAAUUAAAUAAACUAUUUAAGAUAGGAUGCACUUUGAAUGUUUAAAGUAUUUUGGAGUCAUUUGUAUUGUGAAGUGCUGGAUAUUAUUUACAUCAAUUUGUAGCUUGUGCUGUUUGUCAGUGAAAUAGUAAACAAAAUUGCUAAGCUACCAGUAAAAGUAGUACUUUUACAAAUGUUUUGAUGUGUGGUAAGGUUAUGUGUAUAAAAUAAUGAGUAUAUAUUGUAAAUAUAUGUUUCAGGCCAGUGUGAAUCUCCCAGUUGUUUGGGACAUAAGUUAUGUGAUGUAAAUCUAUUGAAUGUAAAACUUAAAAGCAAAUUAAAAACUCAUAUUUUUUUUUCCUGCGCGAAACACAUUUCCCAUCAAGAUAUGAAUAUAACACCCUAAAAUGUAUCAGUAGCUUAGAGAAUAUUGUAAAUUAGCAAGAAGUAUAGGCCAGCGUCAACACAUUCCUGGUGAAAGAUGGGACAGAGACUCAAGCUAUGAGGGAAGGCAACUGACAGGAUAAUUCAGAUGAAAAAAAUGACUUGAUUUGUUUGGUCUUGGUUCUUGUUCAUUUCAGUCAUUCUUCAAAGUUUUGAAAACGAAGUUUAGCAGCUCAUUCCUGAUUGGUGCCAGCAGUCGGCUAAUCACAAUCAUUGUUUUACUGGGGACCUCUACACCAUAUUCAGGUGCUUAUUUUAUGCGUGGACUAACGCAGGUUAACAUCCAGCGCUAAAAUGUAUUUCGUUUUGUACCUUAUGUAUUCCUUUAGUCAUUCAUAGAGGAGCACACAAUCAUACAAAAUACUAGGCUCACUAAACCAUAUACCAAAUUUCAAAAUUUAAAAAAAUAUGAAAAACCACUGCACUUAUGAACCUUUCAAACUGUUAACUUUUCAUGGGUUUAAGGUGUAUGAUGCAAUAAAAGCUUAGCUGACUUGACUUUGACAAAAAAACGCACAUUUUGCAUGUUCAUAUAUUUUGUCCUGUCGCUUCACAUCUCCAUUAAUGUGGGGGAAUUUGAGCUCUCAGACAAGGCGAUUGAUGAGAACGGGGCAUGGUUUUCAGGGCUCAUUUGUCAGGUUUCUCUGUGGCAAAGAUUUUGCAAAUAUCUCUAUUAAAGGGAGCAUCUUCACACUUGGGGGAAAGAAGAAAAUCAGCAGUGCAAAUGGGAGACGCUGGUGCAUUAUUUUGCAUGAUAAGGUCAUGAACAACCUUCAUAAACAGAAAGGAAAUGAACUUGUGCCAGAUUCUUUAGCUGGAAGUGGUUGACCACAAAGUAUUGAUGACCUUCCUCCAGACCAGUGACAGGAAGAGCGAGGCAGAGGACGUGUGACAUGGGAACACUAAGUGGUCUCACAGGUUGUGGCUUACUGCAGAAAAAUGGAUGGACUUGGAUAAGCCCACAGACACAAGUAUCUAUAAGCAGAAAAAGAUGUAGGUAUUUACAUAACGGCUUGAGCCACAUUGUAGUAUCAUGGCAUACAGCCCCCACGUUCCCAGAAAUUAAAUUUCAGAGCAGAAUUUGCUACCCGCACAUGCUGCAUAUUGUCAACAGGUGGUUGAAGGAGCAUUCAGGCCAAUUUACACAAUUUUGGGGGCAUUCCAACAUACCAGAGGGAACUUGUGGAACUCUCUGGAAAUGCUUUGCUGCUUUCCUCCUCAAUCAACCCAUCUUCUUAAAAUAGACUGUUGGAAUCCUUUCUGAUUUAGCAGUACCAAGGUCACGCACAACAGCACCAAUGUCAGGCUGAUUCCAUAUCAUUCUGGCUGUGAGCAGGAAGAGUUUUACAUGUAUAUAACUAAUUUACUUGUUUAGCCCUCAGAACAGACAUGGCAGGACCACCCCUGUUCGGUAUGUUCUUGAAAGGCCAGGCUUAUGCUGUUAGGAUAAACAUGAACUAACAUUCUUGCAAUGAAGAACACACCAUGCUAGUUGUAAGAAGAAGAACCCAAUGAAAGGUAAUAGCAGGUCGAGGUCGAAUUCAACUUUAAUUCCACUCAUUUUUUUCCAAAUUAGGCCAAGGCCUUACAAUAUACAAAAAUGC